AAACCUCCCAUAUCACCCGCAGUCCCUUGCCCGCCCACUAAUGUCACCGGCUGGGUGGACUGUGCCACGAACACCGCCUCCCUCACCUGGGACGCCAGCCCCAACGCCGCGGCCUACACUGCCAAGGCGGUGGGCACGGACGGCCACACUGUGCCCUGUGCCACCGCCACCCCUGGCUGCCAGCUGGCCGGCCUUCGCUGCGGCCAGGCCUACGUCUUCACCGCCGCCGCCUCUGACGGCAGCUGUGACAGCCCCAACAGCCUGCCGUUCACCCAGCAGUCCGCUCCCUGUGCCCCACACGGUGUGACGACCAGCCUCAACUGUAGCAGCAACAUCCUGAGGGUCAGCUGGGGACCGGACUCCGUUCCCCUGAACUACACCGCCACCGCGCUGCCUGGGAAUGGUACUGCACUGUCCUGCACCACCACGAACACAGGCUGCGAGGUGAAGGGGCUCCUGUGUGGGCAGCAGUACAGCGUCACAGUAAAAGCAAGCAACAGCAACUGUACCGGACCGAGCAGCGCAUCGCAAACAGUCCAGACAGGGCCCUGUAUGCCCACUAACCUGCAGGGGCACGUGGGGUGUUCCUCCAACACCCUGCUGGCGUCCUGGAGCUCUGCUCCCGGGGCUCUGACCUACACGUCCACGCUGACCAGCUCAGACGGCCUCUCCACCCCCUGCUCUUCCACCGACCCCUCCUGCUCAUUCCCCGGCCUGAAGUGUGCUCAGAAGUACAGCCUUUGUGUGGUCGCCAGCAACAGCCAGUGUAACAGCUCCACCAGCGCUAGCCUCGACGUGACAGCCGCACCCUGUGACCCCAAGAACGUGACCGCCCGCCUGCAGUGCGUCUCUGGCGCGGUGUCCGUGUCCUGGGUGGCCAGCGCAGGGGCCAAGGCCUACACGGCGGUUGCUCAGCUUAAUGGGAGCAACGUCGAUUCCUGUACCUCCACCCUGACUUCCUGUGACCUCAGCCAGCUGAGAUGUGGGAAUAAAUACACAGUAAUAGUGCUGGCUGGAGAUGGGACCUGCAACAGCACCACUCUGGCCUCAACCACCGUACAAACAGCCCCCUGCCCUCCCGUCAUCCAGAAUCACACCCUGGACUGUUCCACCAACCGCGCCUCUGUGUUCUGGGCUCUGAGCAAGGACGUCGUGGGCGUCCUCAUCAAUGCCACCUCCGCCUCUGGCCACUCUGCAUCCUGCCAGUCCAACAGCACUUCCUGCGUGCUCACAAACCUGCUCUGUGGACAGAACUACACCACGCAGGGCUUUUCUCUGGGCAGCCAGUGCAACAGCAAACCCAGUGAUGCGUUCCAGAUUGUCACAGCCCCCUGCAUCCCAGCUAAUGUCAAGGCCCAGUACACGUGUGGCACCAGUAAGGCUGUGUUGAGCUGGGACGAGACUCUGGGAAGGGACAGUUUCUACGCCCUGGUGACGUCCGGGAACCACUCGGAAUCCUGCAGGACAGCGGGGACCCAGUGCUCCAUAACCUCCCUGAGAUGUGGUCAGCUGUACAACGCCACAGUGUACGCCAUCUCUGCACUCUGCAACAGCAGCCAGCCAGGGACCACCCAGAUACAGACAGCCCCCUGCGCCCCCCAGGACGUCAGUGUGUCUCUGGUGUGUGCCAACAACACGGCGGUCGUUACCUGGCUCACCAGUCCUGGGGCCGUGCGCUACGACGUGCUUGCCGUCGGCAGAGACGGAGACAGCAAGACCUGCGCCACGAACGGCACCAGCUGCACCCUCAGCGGCUUGCCGUGCGACAAGACCUACAACGUCACCGUCACGCCCUUCUCCCCGGCCUGCGAAGGCUUCCAGAGCACCGCGUUCAACUUUACUACAGGUCCCUGUCCUCGUCCUGCAGUGCAGGUGUCUCUGACCUGCACAGGUAACGUGGGCUCUGUGUCCUGGGCCUCCGGCUCGGCGGGUGAGCUCUACGUUGCCACGGCGACGGGAAGCCAGGGCCACGCCUACAACUGCUCCACGAACGGGACCGGCUGCUCCUUCGGUGGCUUGAACUGUGGCGAGACCUACACCGUCUCCGUGGUGACCGUGAAGCUGGGUUGCAGGAGCGAACCCAGUGCGCCGGUCUCUCUCACGGCAGCAAUCUGUCCACCCACCAACCUGGCUGGUGUGACAGCCUGCAGCACCAACAACCUUAACAUCACCUGGGCCCCGAGCCCCGCCUCCUCCGCAGUCACCUACUUCCUGUACUCCCAGAAACAAGGAGGAGUCAAUGCCACCUACACCAUGGCAGGGACAUCGAAACUCAUCUCUGGGCUUCAGUGUGGCGAGCACUUCACCUUCAGAGUGUCUGCCCAGGACUCCAAGUGCACCAGCGGCCUCAGUCCAGCCAUAGAGAUAGACACAGCUCCCUGCGCACCCACCAACCUCACGGCGCAGUCUAAAUGCGGCACCACCAAGACCGCCCUCGCCUGGAACCCGAGCGACGGCGCGGUGGCUUACGUCGCCACGGUGACGGGCCCUAACGGGCGCCUGGCUUCCUGCGUGUCCAACAACGCUUCCUGCUCCGUGGCGUUGGACUGUGGGCUCACCUACUCGGCAGCUGUGGCAGCGUCUACCACCACUUGCAACAGCACCGUGGCACCCAGCAUCCAGUUCGACUCUGCCCAGUGUCUGCCCAGUGACGUCGCGGCCCAGCUGCCCAGCUGCACGGCCAACACUUUUUCCCUCCAGUGGAAGGCCAGCCCUGGCAACCCUUCCAGCUACACCGGCCUGGCGAUCGGCAGCGACGGUUCCCGCUCCACCUGCAACACCAGCCUCACGGCCUGCACCAUCCAGAACCUGAGCUGCGGCACCACCUACAGCCUCGCCGUCACCACCUCCAGCUCCUCCGCCAGCUGCGGCAAAAUCAACGAUACGGACUACAAGGUCCAAUCAGCCCCCUGUAAGCCGACGAGCCCAGCCGUGAACCUGGAAUGCAGCAGCAACGCGGCGCAGGUGACGUGGCAGAACACCGGGCCUGACCAGCUCAACGUGGUGUCGGCUGUGGACCGCCUGGGCCGCAGCAAGACCUGCAACAGCACCGGCUCCAACUGCACCUUCACCCAGCUGGGCUGUGGAGAACAGUACACCCUCAGCGUGGUGGGGCAGAGCCAGAACUGCACGAGCGCCCCCAGCACCACACUGAACCUGCUCACAGCCCCCUGCGUCCCCACUCAGGUCGAAGCCAACGUGGACUGCGAGAACGGCAUCACCAUGGUAACCUGGGACCAAGCCCGCGGCGCCCUCCGCUACACGGUGCUGGCGGAAGCCAACGGCGGCGGCCACAACGACACGUGCGAAAACACGGACACCAUCUGCAUCUUCUCCAGCCUGCGCUGUGGCCAGGUCUACACCAUCACGGUGCUGGCCUAUCACGACAGCUGUGGGAGCCUGGCGAGCCAACCAAUCACGGCGAGCACAGGUCCCUGCCCCCACUCUGGCUUCCAGGCCUCCCUUGACUGCAGCACCAACACGGCCGUCCUGUCCUGGACUCCUGGCCAAGGCAUCGUGUCUUACAACGCCACGGCCGAGGACUUCAACGUUCCUCACCUGCGGACCUGCGCCACCAACGGCUCCUCCUGCAACAUCAGCGGGCUGCAGUGUGGGGAGAAUUACAGGAUGAGCGUGAGGGGGGAGGGGCUUAAGUGCUUGAGCCCCUCCCUCGAGUGGCUCAAUAUAAACACAGCGCCUUGCCCCCCUACCCAGCUCAAGGUCCUGUCCUCGUGUGACUCCAACACCAUCUCAGUCUCCUGGGUGGCAUCAAAGGGCUCGCUCUCAUACAUGGCAGUUGCCGAGUGCACCCAGGGCCAAAAACGGACCUGCAACACCACCAGUGCGACAUGUAACAUCACAGGACUGGUGUGUGGACAAGAGUACAAGGUCUACGUCGUCGGUUUGGAUGACGGCUGCGCCGGGGCCAAGAGUAACAUCUAUGUCCUUCACACAGCCCCCUGUGUGCCGGCGAACGUGCAGAGCCAGAUGGACUGCCGGGCCGCCGUGCUGAACGUCACCUGGCAGCAGAGCGGCCAGACUCAGCUCUUCCACACCAGCGUGCAGAGCAGCGCCGGGACGCGGAGCAGCUGCGCACGGGCCGCACUCGGCUGCGUGGUCCCCGACGUGCAGUGCGGUCUCAACUACACCGUGGUGGUGCUGGCCUCCUACGAGUCCUGCAACAGCUCCCAGAGUGCCUUGCAGCAAGUCAGGGCAGCUCCAUGUCCUCCAGACGCGGUGAAGGUCGUGGUCAACUGCUCCACCAGCGUCGCAGCGGUGACGUGGAACAACAGCGUCGCGGGGGUUCUGUACACGGCCACGGCCGUCUGCUCCGGCGGUCGCCUCUUCACCUGCAGUGCCCCGCAAACCGGCUGUAACCUUAGCAACCUGACGUGCGGCAUGGAGUACAACGUCACCGUCACCCCGUCACGAGGGGGCUGUGUGGGCGCUGACAGCCCGGUCCAGCGCAUCAGAGCAGCUCCCUGCAUCCCCCGCCUCACCGAGGUGGAUGUUGACUGUCUCUCGGACUCGGCCUGGGUGAUCUGGGAGCGCGCUGCCGGGGCAGAGCUCUACGUCGCCGUGGCGACAGACCGGACGGGGACGACCUACACGUGCAACACAACCGACAGCUCGUGCGCGGUGCCAGAGCUGCCGUGCGGGCAGAACUUCACCUUCACCGUCGCGGCCGCCGACCAGCAGUGCUCCAGUGCGCCGAGCAACGCCGUGGUUUCUGAAACCGCGCCCUGCCCGCCUCAGGACGUGGAGGCGGACAUGAGCUGUGAGAACGGCUCGGUGGCGAUAUCGUGGGCGGCCAGCACGGGCGCCGUGGCCUACACUGCUACGCUGGAGCGCACCGAUGGACAGACCACCUGCUGCUCCGCCCGCGGGACGCAAUGUGACAUCACAGGCCUCCCGUGCGGCAAGAUGUACGUGCUGAUCGUGACCGCCGAGGGGCGCACCUGCAACAGCUCCGAGAGCAUCGGCAACAUCGUCCGAACCGCGCCAUGCACCCCCCAGAAGCUAGAGGGCAGUGUGACCUGCAGAGACAACGUGGGCAGCAUGAACUGGACCAGCAGCCGCGGGGGCCAGCUGUACACCGUGACCGCCGUCGGAACUGACGGACAUGUGGACAAGUGCUCGUCUUUCGAAAACACGUGUGACCUCACCGGCCUUCGCUGUGGGCAACACUACACCGCCGCCGUGGUGGCCAAUGACAGCACGUGCAACAGCCCUCCGAGCAACAAGGUGGACCUCAGAACAGUUCCCUGCACGCCGGACACCGUGUCCGCCACGGUCAGUUGCCAGGACAACUCCCUAAAAGUGUCUUGGUCGACGAGCCGGGGAGCCGACUCCUACACGGCGAGCGUGGAGGACGGCAACGGCAGCGGCACCACCUGCCAGGCCAUGUCCGCAGGCUUCUGCAACAUCAGCGGGCUGAGCUGCGGACAGCUCUACCACGCCAGCGUGGUCGCCUCCGACGGAUAUUGCAGCAGCCCGGUCACCGAGCCCGUCGUCGCACCCUCAGUCCCCUGUCAACCCACUCAGAUCAGAGCUGAGAUGGACUGUGAGAGUCGUGUAGGCAUGCUGACCUGGUCGAUGAGCGCCGGAGCCGUUUCCUAUAGAGCCACGGCCAUCCCUCAGCUUGGCCAAUCGGUGACCUGCGACACCAACAACACCCACUGUUACCUCGACGAUCUCGCCUGCGGGGAGGAAUACUCCGUGUCUGUCGAGGCCCGGGGGGAGAACUGUAGCAGCGUGGGUCACAUGACAGGAACACUCAUCACUGAGCCCUGCAUCCCUCUUUACCCCACCACCACGUACAGUCUGAACAUCGCCCAGGUGAGCUGGGACAGGAGCAAGGGGUCCACCUCGUACAGGGCCGAGGCGGUGACCGACCAAGGCGUGACGUCCUCCUGCCAGACCAGCGACACCUACUGCGCCCUGCAUGACAUAGAGUGCGGCAAGGUCUACAACGUCUCCAUCACCGCCAGCAACGAGAUCUGCCAGGGCGUGGUUACUUCUGACUCGGUCAGUCUGACCACAGAACCCUGCCCGCCCAAAAACAUCCAGGCGCGCGUGCACUGCGGCACAGACAUGGGCACGGUGUCAUGGGAGGAGAGCGAGGGCGCCGUGGGCUACGUGGCGAAAAUGGAAGGCCGCCGAGGAGACUCUCUGUCCUGCAGCACGACCGGGACCUUCUGCAACGUGACGGGGCUCCACUGCGGAUCCACCUACCUGGUCACGGUUUUCGCGCUGGGAGAGAUCCUCAACAGCAGCGCCUCCGCCACAAUCCUGCUGACCUCAGCUCCCUGCGUGCCCGCCAGCGUUCAGGCGCACGUGAACUGUGCUAACGACAGCGCCGCGGUCACAUGGGCAUUCAGCGAUGGCGCCGACUCUUACACGCUGAUGGGCACGACGGGCGACGGCUUCCAAGCGUACUGCGCGACGACGGAGAACCACUGCAACUUGACCGGGCUAGCCUGCGGUCAGAGCUACAACCUCAGUCUGACGUCUAUCAACCAAAACUGCCAGGUGGAGAGUCCUACUGGGGUCAGCUUCAGCACACGACCCUGCGCCCCCCUGAGUGUGGGCGUGGAGUUUUUGUGCGGAAACAAUACAGCCACCUUGUCCUGGAAAAAGACAGAGGGGGUGCAGCUCUACCGGGCUAGCGCCACCCCCAGUCUGGGAGGACCGGUCAGGUACUGCAACUCCACCGGCUCCUCCUGCACGUUCCCUGGGCUGGACUGUGGAGAGACCUACAGGUUCACCGUGACGGCCUACAACAGCCUGUGUCAGAGCGAGAGCAGCAACAGCGUGGAGGUCAAGACAGCGCCGUGUCAGCCAAGCCAGCUGGUGGUCGAGGGCUCCUGCAGCAACGAGACGGUGUCUCUGAGCUGGGCCGGGGCCAGAGGGGCCUCCGUCUACGUGCUGACGGCCGCGGGGGACCUGGGAUACUUCACGGCCCUGCAGACCAACGACACCGCCCUGGACCUGGUGCUUCCCUGCGGACAGACCUACAGCUUCACGGUCACGGCCGAGGACGAGCGCUGUGGCAGCCCUGCCAGCAGCACAGCGCGCUUCAAGACCGCCCCUUGCAUCCCGUACGGCGUGACGACCUACAUCCAGUGUGAGGCCGGCCUGGGCGCCGUCAGCUGGGGUACCAGUGACGGGGCCGAGUACUACACGGCGAUCGCCGUGGGAACGGACAGCCUACCCCUCAUGUGCACCACCAACUCCACCAACUCCACCACCUGCACCUGGGACAACCUGCUGUGUGGGGACCUGUACGUCGUACACGUCAUCGCCAACGAUCACCUGUGUAGCAGCUCUCCUAGCAACAGCACCAGCAUACACACAGCUCCUUGCGUGCCCCAGAACCUGACGUCGUCAAUAAACUGUGCCACGAAGGUGACCACUCUCCAGUGGCUCCCAGGUCACGGAGCAGAUCUCUACGUGGCGACUGCAGAAGCCGCCAGCGGCACCCAGGUGGCGCAGAGCACCAACGACACCCGUGUCGCCUUCUCAGAGUUGACGUGCGGCCAGAGUUACUCCCUGUCCGUCCAAGCGGUGGAUUCGGUGUGUAGAAGCGUCUUCAGCCUGCCUGCGCAUCAGGAUACAGAACCCUGCCCCCCCACCUCAGUCUCCAGUGUCAUGGACUGCCAGACCAACAUCGCCGUGGUGUCAUGGGGGGCGUCUCCGAUGGCGGAUUACUACACGGCCACCCUCAAGCGUAGCGACGGCCAGACCGACACCUGCAUGUCCAGCAGCCUCGAGUGUGGCACGUCCCAGAUGACCUGCGGACAGAACUACACCGUCACCGUCACCGCCUCCAGACAGCUGUGCCAGUCCAACCCCAGCCCGGAGAACACGCUCCACUCAGUGCCCUGCGUCCCGACAAACGUUGUGGCCGUGAUAAACUGCUCGGACAACACGGCCCGAGUGUCGUGGAACGCCAGCAAGGGGGCGCUGUUCUACGUGGCCACGGCGGAAAACGCGCAGGGCGGCCUGUCGACGUGCGAGAGCGCGGAACUCGGCUGCACCCUGACCAACCUCACCUGUGGAGCGCUCUACACCGUCAGCGUUGUGGCGAGGGACAGCAGCUGCGGCAGCCUGCCUAGCCAAUCAGCAGAGGUUCAGACAGUCCCCUGCACCCCACAGAUCCAAGACGUCGUCCUGGACUGCUUCCUGGACUCGGCCCAAGUGGUCUGGUCCCAUACUGUGGGGAGCCUGGCCUACACGGUCACAGCCACCGGGGGCGCUGACGAGUCAUCCUGCCGCACCAACAACACCAACUGUGAGCUGCUGGACCUGACCUGUGGCCAAGUGUUCACGGUCAGCAUGGUGGCCUCCGACGGACAGUGCGACAGCUUCCGUAGCUCCAGCCGGGAAAUGACAUCAGUCCCCUGCCCCCCCGAGCAAGUGGUGAUCUCACUGGACUGCUCUGCUAACUCUGCCCUCGUGGCGUGGAAGCCCAGCCAGGGGGCGGAGUCCUACAGGGUCCAGGCCAUCGGCGUGCAGGAGCACGAGACAGGUUGCGAGACGACCCAGAACAGCUGCCUCGUCCCCGAUCUCCUGUGCGGCUUCACCUACAACAUCAGCGUGGUCGCACUCAACGGAGAGUGCAACGUGUCGGAGAGUAACAUGACCCAGCUGCAGUCAGUGCCUUGUGUACCUAACCACGUGGAAGCCACUACAAAUUGUGCGUCCAAUGUCGUGUCCGUCUCCUGGGAGCCUAGCAACGGUGCCACCUUAUACACCGCGGUGGCGUCCGGCAGCGGAGGCAACAAGCUGUCGUGCGACACCAUCGACACGGUGUGCAUAUUCGCCAAUCAGCAGUGCAGCGGGUCGUACAACAUCACCGUGAGCGCCUCCGACCACGCGUGUGCCAGCGCCAACAGCACGGCGACGCACGUGAACACAGUGCCCUGCAAGCCCCAGAAUGUCACCGCCAAGAUGGAGUGCACCAACAACACUGGGCUGGUGUCAUGGGAACGAGGAGUGGGCAUGUCCUCCUACCAGGUGAGCGCUAUCGGACCGGACGGCCACCAAGUCCAUUGUGCCAGCAACGCCACCAGCUGCCGGCUACCCAGCAUGCACUGCGGCCAGCUGUACAACGUGACGGUCGCUGCUCAGGAUGGGACCUGCAACAGCAGCAGCACAUUCCUCACUCUGCAGUCCGUGCCCUGUAAGCCCACCAGCGUGAAGGCUGCGCUGCUUUGCAAGCCCAACGCGGUGGCGGUGACGUGGGAGCGGGCCAGCGGCGCUGCCUGGUACCAGGCGGUGGGCGUCACAGCCGACGGGGGCACCCAGGCCACAUGCAACAACAGCCUGACAUUCUGUGACCUGACCGACCUGCCCUGUGGACAGACCUACAACGUGACUGUGUUUGCCAAGGACGAGGCGUGCAGUAGCGUGCCGAGUAGCAGGGCCAGCUCCAGAACAGCUCCCUGCCCUCCCCAGAACGUGACGGCCGAUGUCCGCUGUUCCCAACACUCCGUGAUCGUCUCGUGGGCGCCCGACCCCGACGCCGACUACUUCGAUGCCGUGGCCCAGGCCAGCAACGGGGUGAUCCUGUCGUGCAACACCACAGGCACCAGCUGCACGAUUCUAAACCUACUCGAGGGACACGACUACAAUGUCAGCGUCGCCUCCAUCAGGGGCGACUGCAAGGGCAAAUGUAGCCUCCCGAUCAGAGUCUCCACAGCCCCUCUGCCGCCCACCGGGCUAGAAGGGAGUCUGGACUGUGUGACCAACUCAGCCUGGAUGACAUGGCAGCCGUCGAGCGGCGCUCAGACCUACACAGUGUUGGCUGUCGGGAGCGAUCAGCAAAACCUCUCCUGCACCACCUCCACCCUCACGUGUAACAUUCCCAACUUGGCCUGCGGCACCAACUACACCUUCAGCGUGAUCGCUUCCAACGCCUUCUGCAACAGCACGCCGAGCAACAUCGUCCACUUUCAAACGGGUCCCUGUGCCCUCACCCACAUCACCAUCCACACCCAGUGCAACAGCAGCACCAUCCUGGUGGGCUGGGAGGCCACAGAAAACACCCCGCUGUACCUGGUGACGGCCGAGGGCCAGGACCGCAGCCUCAUCUCCUGCAACAGCACCUCCAGCUCCUGCCUGCUCGCCAGCGUCCUCUGCGGUAUGCAGUACACCAUCAUCGUGUCGGCCUCCUCAGACAAGUGCAGCAGCCUGAGGAGCCCGCCGCAGAAGGUCGUCACAGAGCCCUGCACCCCCAAGAAUGUGUCCAUCGUGCCGACGUGCCAGGACAACAGUGUGACGGUGUCCUGGCCUCUCUCCGUGGUGGCCACGUCCUACCUGCUGACCGUCACGGGCCGAGACGGCGACCUGCGCACCUGCAACACCUCGGUCAACAACUGCAGCCUUGGCGAGCUGCACUGUGGCCAGCCGUACAGCUUCAGCGUGACCGCCAGCACCGUCAACUGCACCAGUCAGCCCAGCACCGCCGUCACUUACAGGACAGUACCCUGCUCCCCGACUGGCCUGCGUGUGGAAUCCCAAUGCAAGACCAACUCUGCGGUGCUGUCGUGGAACGCCACUGAGGGGGCGGAGCAAUACUACGUCCGCGCCACGUGUGGCGCCGGCAGCGUGCUGUACUGCAACAGCAACACCACCUCGUGCACCAUCGGGGGCCUGUGGUGCGGAGCCGUGUACAACUACUCCGUGCAGGCCUCUGACAGAGCCUGCAACGGCUCCCUCAGCAAGCCCCUGCCUGCUGGAGCAGUCCCGUGUCCCCCUGCCACGGUCACGAACAAGGUGAAGUUCAUUGGCCAGAACUUUGUGGCUCGUGUGUCCUGGAGUGCUGUCGUCUGCCCCAACGUCACGUACCUGGUGGAGGUGACAGGGCGUAUCCAAGACGACCCACAGGCCCUGUUGACGGUCUCCUCCUAUUGGACAGAGAUCCAGUACUUUGAGAUUCCACUGCCCUGCAGCACCUCCUUCAGUCUCACGGUGCGUUCCAGGAACUUGGCCGGCGAGAGCAAGCCCUCAACUGCUGUUGUGGGGAUCACAGGUCCCUGCCCUCCUCCCGAUGUCGAAUUCAGGGGUGACAACCAGACCUCUAUCUUGUCCUGGGGGGCAUCUGUGUUGGCCGUCAAGUACACCGUUUACGUGACCGCCCCAAUACGAACACAGGUGUGCGUCACUCCAGAGCUCUCCUGCAACCUGACCAACGUAAGCCCGAAUGUCGUCGAGGUGACGGCCAGCAACGCAGCUGGGGAAAGUGUCCCAUCAACAGUCACGGCAUUAAAUCGCAGUAGGAGAGAUCUAAGGGAAAGUGAACUGUUUGCUGAAAUACAUCAGAGCGAGGAGCUGUCGGUCCCUGAGGUGAAGGUUACCACGGUAACAGGAGUGUCCCUGUAUGUGGAGUGGGGGCCGGUUAGGGGCGCUACGCACUACACCCUCGUCGUCAAAGAAGACAUUCCCACCAGGCCACAUCGGGAGGUGAUGGUUGUCUACAGCGAGUUUUCCAUCGUGAACGACCUAAAACCCUCCACCAUAUAUUGCAUCCUCCUCUCAGCCAAGAACGCGCGCACACAGAGCUCGUACUCCACGCCUCUGUGUGUCACUACCGGCGUUCCUCUGUAA